AUGGGGCUGGACGAUAACGCCUGGUGCGCAUAUCACAGGUGUAGAGGUCACUCCACAGAAAAAUGCUUCCGCUUAAGAGAUUUAAUCGAAGAACUGAUAAAAAGCGGACACCUUCGCAAAUUCAUUGACGACGCCGCCCAAGGGCGGGUUGUCGUGCCAAAAGUCCCCCGACAGGAGCCAAGGGACCCUCCUGGGCCAAAUAGAGAACCUCCCAAGGGGAGAAUCUCCGUGAAUACAAUAGCGGGAGGAUUCUCAGGCGGGGGCGAAUCAAGCUCGGCAAGGAAAAGGUAUGUACGCCGAGCCAUCUCGGAAAUAUACCUCGUGAGUCAACCCCAGCCAUUAGACGUGCCAGAUUUGGCGUUCACAGCAAAGGAUGGGUUGGAGGUAGCGCCUCAUGACGAUGAUCCAUUAGUGAUUCAAGUCCAAAUUUUGAACUGCGAUGUAAAAAGAGUACUGAUAGACUCAGGGAGUUCAGCGGACAUUAUGUAUUGGGAAGCUUUCAAGGCCAUGCAAUUAGCAGAGGAGCAAUUGCAACCAUACUCCGGAACCCUGGUCGGGUUCUCUGGCGAACAAGUGGAUGUAAUGGGCUAUGCCUCUCUUCUCACCACGUUUGGAGAAGGUAGCAACGCCAAAACUAUCAAGGUGCGAUACCUGGUAGUUAAAACUCCCUUUACCUCCUAUAAUAUUAUUAUAGGUAGGCCCGCCUUUAACACAUUGGGGGCGGCCAUGUCCACUCUAUACCUAGCAAUAAAAUACCCCCUUGAUAAUGGGGGAGUAGGGACGGUAAGGGGCGAUCAGAUUCUCGCCAAGAAAUGCUACGAGUCUAGUUUAAAGAUACGACACCGAACUUCCAGCGCAAGCGGAAAAUUCGAAAGAAGACAAGCCGCAAUUCCAGGCGGCAUAAACAUCAUAGAGAGCGCAGAUAUGGAUCCGAGGGAGGAAUUUCAAGAUCGAAGGAGAAAACGUCGUCUUGGACACUCUCAGUUGACGGGGCCUCCAAUGUGCGAGGAAGUGGAGCCGGAAUAG